AGUUCAUUUCUUAACCGCGUCUUUGACACAAAAAAAAAAAAAAAAAAAAGAGACCAGUUAUUAAGCCGAAGGGGAAAGAAAAGUAAAUAACCACUCACCGUUUAGGUCUCUCUCUCUCUCUCUCUGUCGUCUUUGUUCAGACGUGGAGCCAACUUCUCUAUACGUUGGGAGAUCGAUCUAGAUAGGAGACUUAGCCAUGAAUCCUGAAUAUGACUAUCUGUUCAAGCUUUUGCUUAUCGGUGACUCUGGUGUUGGAAAAUCCUGCUUGCUUCUAAGAUUUGCUGAUGAUUCUUACCUGGAUAGCUACAUCAGUACCAUUGGUGUUGACUUUAAAAUCCGCACAGUUGAACAGGACGGAAAGACAAUCAAACUCCAGAUCUGGGACACAGCAGGCCAAGAACGUUUCAGGACAAUCACCAGCAGCUACUACAGAGGAGCUCAUGGGAUCAUUGUCACUUAUGAUGUCACUGACCAAGAGAGCUUCAACAACGUCAAACAAUGGCUUAAUGAAAUCGACCGUUACGCCAGUGAGAAUGUCAACAAGCUGCUCGUUGGGAACAAAAACGAUCUCACCUCACAGAAGGUUGUAUCCACUGAGACAGCUCAGGCGUUUGCAGAUGAACUUGGGAUCCCUUUCUUGGAAACAAGUGCCAAAAAUGCAACCAAUGUUGAAGAAGCUUUCAUGGCCAUGACUGCUGCUAUUAAGACCAGAAUGGCUAGCCAACCAUCUGGAGGUGCCAAGCCACCGACUGUCCAGAUUCGCGGACAGCCAGUGAACCAGCAGCAAUCAGGAUGUUGCUCUUCUUGAUUCCCCAUUAGUCUCAACAAGUUCUCUUUGGAUCAUUACACCAUUAUAAUCAUUUGUUUGCAUUGCAUGUAAGAAGACUUCCCCAAUUGACACACUUCCUUUUCUUCUGUUUCAUGGCUUUGCUAUUCUUUUCCGAUGUAUUUUGAAAUUCAACAUUCUCUAGUAAAAGGUCCUUCCAUGCAAAUAAAGCAAAGUAGCCUUUUUCUA